CUAAUAUACACCUUAAAAAAAUAUUAUAACCUAGUUAUCUAAUAUACAACCUCAUCAACACCUUCGUACUCGGUAGGGUUUAGGGUUUCUGUCCAUUGCUCCGAACACACGGAAGGUGAAAUCGUGUAGCUUAUCAAAUAAAGGAUGCCGGCGACUGAAAUCACGGCGGACGCGUUGUCGGCGUCAGGCCGAACGUCGGAAAAGCUCAGCCUGCCUACGCUUCAAUCUAAAAUGAAAUGCGACCCUGAAGGCUACGAGACCGAACUAAACUUGAUUUACAGCCAAUUCAAGUCGUCUGUAGAACUUUUUCAACAACAGGCGGCACUAAAUUUCACCUCCGUCGUCAGUGGCGGCGUUGGAAGCGACCCUACCGUUGCCAAAGACCUCGGUGACCGGGCCAUGUUCUUGGCUCACGUUACGCCUUUUUACCCUAACCAGCUCCUAAACUAUCCGAAAGAGCUCGUAGACUUCCUUAGGUCAUCCGCUCGGGUGCUUCCGUCCUCGCUUCGUGUCACUGUUACACAAGCUCUGAUACUUCUUCUAAAUCGCAAGAUUGUUGCCAUCAAGGAGACUCUUGCAUUGUUCAUGGAGCUUCAGAAACACAAGAACGAAACAGAAAACAGAGCACUUCAAAGUAUUCUAUUUUCAAUGCUACAGGAAGAGGAUGAAAAGAAAGCAAUGAGGUCACUUGUCACAAUAUGUGAUCUUCACAGGAGGAAGGUCUGGUUUGAUGAUAGAACAGCCAAUGCUAUAUGUCGGGCAUGUUUCCACCCAUCAUCAAGGAUUAUGAUUGCAGCUCUGUCAUUUCUUCUUGAUUAUGAAAAAAUUGAGCAAGAUAAUGACAGUGAUGAGUCAAGUGAUGAAGAAGAAGCAAUCCAACAACAUCAUGUUGUCGUUAGUAAAGAAGCUAUUUACAAGGCCAACAAUACAGGGACAACAUCCAGCAAAAAGAAAAAGAAAGCAAAGUUGCAGCGUGUGAUUCGUAGCAUGAAAAAGAAACAACGUAUCUCAUCUGAAAGGAAUGAUAACUUGAACUACUAUUCACCACUCAAUGCUUUAACAGAUGCACAGGGGUUUGCUGAGAAGCUGUUCUCACGACUUCAAACUUGUAGUGAACGUUUUGAGAUAAAAAUGAUGAUGGUGAAAGUGGUUGCGCGUACUGUUGGACUUCAUAGAUUGAUUUUAUUGAACUUUUAUCCUUUUCUUCAGAAGUAUGUUCAGCCCCACCAAAGGGAUGUGACAAACUUGUUAGCAGCAGCUGUUCAAGCCUGUCAUGAUAUGGUGCCACCUGAUGCAGUUGAACCAUUAUUCAAGCAGAUAGUUAAUCAGUUUGUGCAUGAUAAGUCACGUACAGAGUCGAUUGCUGUUGGGUUGAAUGUUGUGCGUGAAAUAUGUUUGCGUAUUCCUCUGUUAAUGACAGAGGAUUUGCUGCAAGAUCUUGUGCUGUAUAAGAAAUCUCACGAGAAGGCAGUUUCAUCAGCAGCUCGUUCGCUUAUUUCAUUGUUCAGAGAGAUUUGUCCUUCGCUUCUCAUAAAGAAGGAUCGUGGUCGGCCUACAGAUCCAAAAGCAAAGCCAAAAGCAUUCGGUGAGGUUACUGUUCCCAGUGAUGUCCCUGGGGCUGAGUUGCUUCUGGAUGAUGAUGACGAGGAUGAUGAUGUCAGCAAUGCUUCUGAUGAGGAUGGUGAAUCUAUUGAUGCUGACAUCAGCACUCAAGGAGGUUCGGAAUCUGAAGAAGAAGAAGAAGAAGAUGAUGAUGAAGAAAUGGGAAGUGAAGAGGAUGAAGUAUCUGAUGAGGAGGAGGAGGUGGAUGGGAUGUCUAUUGAUUCAAGGGGAUCUGAGAAAAGGAAAGGGCAAAAAAGGAAAUUUGAAGAUUUUGAUGAAGAGCUUGAUGGAGCCAAUCAAAGUCUUAGGGCUCUUAAGAGAUUAGCAGGAGCUAGAUUGGAGAGUGAGGCAAUAACAGAAGAGCCAACAACAGAUGGUAUUCUCUCAAAUGAAGAUUUUCAGAGAAUCAAAGAGUUAAAAGCAAAGAAGGAUGCAAAGGUUGCAUUGGCAAAUCAUGGAAUUUUGAAAAAGUCUUCAGAUCCAAAAGCAACAGUCUUUAAGGUCCCAACUUCUGAUCAACUCAGUUUGAAAAGAGUCGAUGGAUAUUCACUUGAAGCUAACAUAAGAAAAAAGAUGACAAAGGAGGAAAGGAAGGCUUUGAUAAAAGCAGGAAGAGAAGAUGGGGAAAAGUACCAAUCAAGAGCUGCUACCAAACAGAAAAAGACUGGUGGAUUAAGCAAUCAGCAAAAGGAACACAAGAAGGCGAUGCCUUUAGCUGCCAAGAGAUCAAAGAUCGAAAGAUCACGCCGUCAGAAAAAGCUCAAGGCCAAGACAGCUGGCAAACAGUUCCGUGUGAGGAGAGUUGAUGUGAUCUAUUCGGACAUUGUUCUUCUUCCACCAGACGUCGUCGUUCCCCUCCCUUUCCUUCCUCUUUGUCUCGAAACUCAAGGAGCUGACGAUCUGUUAGAUGAUGGUGUAGAUAUGAGACAAUGGUGCAAAGAUACUCUCUCUAAGAUAAUGGUUCGAAGACAAGGAUGGUUUUCAGGUGCUAGGGUUUCCGGCGAAGAAGUGGUGACGAUGGCUUACAGGGACGAUGAUUGGAAUAGCCACCUGAGGGAGUGGCCGUCGGAGGGAGUAGUUGUUGGUGAUGGUUUAAGGAUGGUGGUUUUGGGUUUCUUGGAAGAGGUUAGAGACGAGAGGAAGAGAAAUAUCGAUAGAGGAGACGAUGAGGUGGGUGGGAAGGUAGGACAGGGGGCUUUUUUUCUUUUUUAA